AUGCGUCUAUCUCAGCGAUCUGAUUCUCGUCUCGUCGCAUACACUGCCGUUUUCAUCGCAGCCCGUACCGUCACCUCUCAACCUACUGUUAGCCAUGGUGAUAGUUUCUCUCUAAACAUUCCAAAAACAGCACUUGGUGCAUCAAUAGAACACGAUCCGUCUUUUGCGUCCUUCUCGUUUGAGCCAGCAUUCUGGGUAGAGUUCUUUGGCAAUUCCAGUACGCCAAACAAACUUGCCUUUAAUCUGCUCAAUCGUAUUGUCGAUCAUGGUGGACAGCCAACGAUCCGACCUGGUGGGAUUACGAUGGAUUCUUUGAUUUUCGAUGUGUCAGCAGGUGAUCCGGUCCGCACUACCAAUCCCAAAGGUGGUGUCUACCGUACAACUGUUGGCCCUGCCUACUAUGAAAGCUGGUCAAAUUUCCCUGAAGGCACCAAGUUUGUCUCCACACUGAACUUUGGUAACGACUCGCUCGACAUUGCGAGAGAUAUGGCAGUUGCCUCUGUCAAAUAUGCAAGCAAUGAUAGCAUCAGCUUCUUUGAGCUGGGCAACGAGCCAACAAAUUACCCCAGCUCAAGAUGGAAGAACAGUACUACAGCGUACGUUCAGCAAUGGAAGAACUGGACAGCUCAGAUCGAUGCAGCUGUCAACAUGACUUUGGGUUCUGAUUCAGCGGUUGAAUCUGGCAGUGAGCGUUGGUGGGCUUCAUCGGCGACGACAGAUCAAAGUGGCCUCGAAGUUAGACCUGUUGCUCUUAUUCCUGCAGGCAUCGACUCUGAUAACCAAGUGGCUGACUACUCGAUACACUCGUACCCGUUCUCAACUUGCGAUCCUGCCCGGGCUGUACUAGCGACUACACAGAACAUCCUGAACCAGACUGAACUGGCUCGCUAUGCUGACGAAGAAAUCUACCCGUCGGCCAAGGCUGCACUUGAUGCUGGCAACCGCUGGAUCAUCGGAGAGUUCAACUCCAUAUCUUGUUCAGGCAAUCCAAAUGUCUCGGACACGUUCGCGCAGGCCCUAUGGGUCAUUCAGAGCGAACUUAUCUAUGCUGCAAGAAAUGCCUCCGCUGUCUACCUACACCAAGGAGCAGCUUUGGUAUUCCAAAGUAGUCAACAGGUCAAUUCUGCAGGCCAAGAUGGGUCGCCAGGCUACUCAACAUACGACAUGUUCUAUCCUCGAGACAGUGAGAAGCGCGGUCCUGCAAGAGUCUUGCCUAGCUUUCCUAGUCAACUUUUCAUGGCUGAAGCGUUUGCCAUUCCUGAUACUCGUGUCCGUCAGGUGGAAACGCCAUCGGGCGUUGACAAGGACUACUUCUCCGCGUAUGCCUUCUACGUCAAGAACAAGCUGAACAAACUAGCCAUCAUCAAUUCGAAGCCAUACUACGCCAACUCGACAAGCGACUUUACGGUUACCCUAGACAUCUCGAAGUACGGACACUCGAAGAAGGGAACAAGAGCGUGGUUGAAGAGGUUGAGUGCUCCUCACGUCGACGAAGGCAACGCGAACAAGACUACCUGGGCGGGCCAAUCGUUCCCUGAUGGCAACGAGGCCGGCGAGCUCCUUGUAGAAUCAGUUGGACGUGACGGCAUUGUGAGUGUCAGGGGAAGUGAGGCCGUCCUUGUUUUCUUUGACAAACGAGAUGCGAACAUGAAUGCGUGCUAG